UUAGCAUUAACUUUGUUAUUUAUCUAAGAAUUUUCAAGCUUUAGUUCUUGGGUCCACCUGUAAAACCCUAAAAACUGCUUUUAAUAUACAAAAGAAUAUUCUAAGACAGUAUAUUCUGUCAGCAACAAGAACAGGAAAAAAAAAAGAAAAAGGCGGCCGGUGUGGAAGUGAUGAUGGCGGCGGCGCGCAACGCGGAUCAGGAUUGAUUGGGUCCAUCAUUUGGUCUGCGCAAAUCACAAUCCUUGCCUGCUGUGCCACCCGCCCAAUUGGAAUCCAUGGGAUCUUUCCGAGGCCAUGCAGUCCCAGGCACGCUCUUCCUAGUCGUGGGCAUCUGGCACACCCUCAAUUCCCUCCUCAAGUACGUUUCCAACCCAAAGGGCUUCCAGGGCCGCGUCUGGCACGCCCUCCCCAGGGUCACAGGCUCCCUCCGCUUCCUCGAGCUCUACAUCAUCACCCUCGGCGCCCUCCUCGACCUCUGCAUCGAGUUCUUCUACUCCCCCCACUUCCAGUACUUCGUCGAUGGAGCCCUCAACGCCAAGCACCUCAACAAUUUCGAGCACUCGGCAAUGCUCCUCAUGUUCUUCGUGCUCGGCGCCGUCGCGCUCUUCAUCGAAGCUGCCGGGGUGCUCCAUCUUCCACCGGGAGCUCUCAACAUCAUCGCCGGCAUGGCCUUCACCGCCGAGUUCCUGCUCUUCUACUUCCACUCCACCACGCACGCCGGCCUGGAAGGACGAUACCAUCAGCUCCUCGUCUACCUCAUCGGCCUCUGCAUCCUCUUCUCGUGUCUCGGGGCAGCCUUCCCUCAGAGCUUCGUCGUCGACUUAGCCAGCGGCAUCUCCAUCACUCUCCAGGGACUCUGGUUCUACGUCGUCGCCAUGGCACUCUAUGGAUCCUGGGUACCACUGGGCUGCAAAGGCUCCGAAACUGGUAUCAAGUGUGAUGCCCCCGCCUAUGAAACCCGCGGCCAGUCACUUGCAAACCUCCAGUUCAACUUCCUCAUCGUCUCGGUUCUCGGUGCUGUCACCGUGCUAUAUGCGGUCGCUGCUCACUUCAAAGGCCACCCGGAUGUGUUCUAUGUUGACGAGUUCGAUGCCAAGGCUGCAGCCGCUUCUACAUAGAGAGAUAGAACCCGAUAAUGCGGCGCCGAAAAAAGUUUUGUUGAUUAGAAGUAGUUCCUGUCUUGUAGUAUCUCAGACCCACACGGUCUCCAAAAAAACUCCGUCAAAAUGUAGUCUCGACAAAUCCCCUUA